CCCAAAAUUGUUGUUGGGGUAAUUUUAUGUUAACAAUUUUGUAAAUUAUUUUACCAUCAAUCCUGUUUAAAUAUUAUUUUGUAUAAGUUUCUUUAAUACAUUAACAUGUCGUUUUUAUAUGUAAAGGCAUACUACGGACCUUGCAACACUUUUGAUACAUGCAAACAUAAACCGCAGUUGUUAACUGGUUUUAGAGAUCGACUUCAAAAGUUGGGCUUCCGAAUAGAUCUCGUCCCGGUGCCGUUCAUAAACUAUUUCAUGCUCGAAAUGUGUGGACAUGAAGUAUUCCGCUGCAACCUGAAGCAUAUGAAAUUCAACACGAGACCUAGCCGGGAUAAGAUUUGCAGAAGAGCCAUAGAAGCAGUGAUGACGUCAGCCGUGAAGUUCCGACGAGCUCGCGCCAUUCUCUGGUUCUGGACGGCUUUGGAUCACCAGAUGUUCAGAAGAAGCGCCUACGCCCCACCUGAUUACUGGGCUAAAGACAUAGAUAUGGGAUUUUCAACCUGUGCAGAGUGUAUUGAAUGCUGUAAAAUCCUCGUGAAAAAACGUUCGCCUAAUGAUGAUAAAGGUGAAGAUGAUAUUGAAACAUUAUCGUCGGAAUACAGUAUUUGAUCCCUUGCUUAGGUAUUCUCAAUUGAUCCCAUUUCUCCCAUUGAAUCCAGUCCAGUUUUACAACGUUAUUUGGACUUGA